AGGACGAGAUUAUUUCCAUGGCCGACUCGACCACCACCAUCGAUGACAUCGAAGGGGAGCUCUUCAAAAUCGAGAGGAUCAGGGAGAUCCUGGUGAGGAGGGAGUCAGAGCUGCGGUACAUGAUGGAUGACAUUCAGCUUUGUAAAGAAAUCAGCCGGCUGAAAAAAGAGCUUCAAAAACUCAUAGCCCUUCCAGAGAACGAGAAGUCCAACGAGGAGAAGCAGAGGGAAGAGGAGCUGGUACAGCAGAUACACAAGCUGGUGGAAACGCGGGAUUUCCUGGUGGAUGAUGUGGAGUUUGAGAGGCUCAGGGAAAGGGAAGAAGACAAGGAAAUGGCAGAGUUCCUGCAAAGUAAGCUCUCCAAAAGCUACCUCCAGAAAGCGACUCCUGUCAAAGAGAAGAAAAUGACUUCCAGGGGCCAGCAAACCUCUGCACCGUACAUGACCAAAACGGGCCUCACCCUGCUCAAGGAGUGCUGUGGCUUCACCUGCUCCAUCAUGUAG